AUGUUUUCUACCACCGACAGUGGCAGUCCUUCUUACAUAUCGUCUCAUUCGGCAGACGUUAUUCUUUCAGAUAUAAGGCCAAUCAAGUUAAAGAUCGAUGCCCUAUGUUCUAUCAACGUCCUUCUUGACGAGUUCUUGUACAACAUUCUCAAGGCUUCCCGUUCUCUAACCACCAAUAAACUUAGAGCAGGGCUGCUGGGUGUUCUCCCAACUACGUUGGGAAAGGAAGCAUUAUUGGAGGCAGAGGUGGAACUACGAGCAUACUGGGACCGUACGCGACGUCCUAAAGGCUCAAGUUCUCUGGAGGACGACAGCGACUCUUUCAAUCUACAAUGGGCGUUCGAGCUUCUUCGUCUGAAAUGCGAAGCCUACUCCACAUUGAAUGAAUCCGAUGAAGAUCCUGUAGCGGAAAGUAGACUGCACGAGAGAAUGGCUAGUAUUAGCAACCAACAACCUCCAAAGCCCUCCCUAGUCGCUCCUGCGGCACUAUACCUCACUGCAAUCUUAGAGGCUAUGUGCGAGUAUGUGUUCUUGGCACUUUUAUCGUUUGCACCCGAUCUCCAAUUGUUCACAAUCGUAGACAUAUACUCUCGAAUGUUGGCCGCGUAA